AUGUUUUGCGAAAAGGCUAUUGAACUUAUCAGAGAACUUCAUCGUAUGGGAGAUGGGCAACUGCCUGCAUUCAAUGAAGAUUGCAUCCGACAGGUUCUUGAGGAGAUGAAGGCCCUGUAUGAGCAGAAUCAAAGUGAUGUGAACGAGGCCAAAUCUGAGGGUAGGAGUGAGCUUAUACCAACCAUCAAGUUCCGACACUGCUGUCUUUUAAGGAAUCAGCGUUGUAUUGCAGCAUAUCUCUAUGACCGUCUCCUUCGGAUCCGGGCUCUCAGGUGGGAGUAUGGGAGUGUGUUGCCCGCAACAAUACGCUUCCAUAUGUGUGCAGAGGAGCUGGAGUGGUUUAACCAGUACAAAAAGUCUCUGGCCACCUACAUGAGAUCACUGGGGGGAGAAGAAGGACUGGACAUCACACAAGACAUGAAACCACCCAAGAGUUUGUAUAUUGAAGUGCGUUGUUUAAAAGACCAUGGCGAGUUUGAAAUAGAUGAUGGCACUGUUAUUCUUCUGAAGAAAAACAGUCAGCACUUUCUGCCACGAUGGAAGUGUGAGCAGCUGAUUCGACUGGGUGUUUUAGAGCAUGUCAUGUCCUAA